UAAUGAUGAAUUUGCAGUGUGAUGGUCUCAGACAAUGUUUACAUUUUUCUGCUAUUUUUCCAGAUUGAACUGAAAUAAAAAAAAAUGCUUGCCAAUAAGAAGCAUAGCGUAAUGUUUAUUUACAUGAACUGUGGAGAAAAACAAGAAAGUGCAGUGAAAUCACUGAAUAAGUACUAUUGAUAUGCAAAGCGGUGUUGCUUCAAAUGACGCAUUUCAGAAUUAGGAGCACAGCCUUAGGUACCAAACGUCAUUUUGAAGAUGGCUUGAUCAUCAUCCAAAAGAUUAGAAUAUCGCUUACUGUUAAUGAGCUAAAAUCCCCAUGAACGUUCAUUUAUGUUUAGAAAUGUGCGGCUUACAAAUCAGUGCGUUUGUUUGCAGUUAAAGAGUUACAUAGGCUAGUCAUAGACAGUGUUAUGAGUUCGACUGCAUGGAUCUGGGCACGAUGUUUGUAUUUAAAACAUACGUGUAUUUCUUUUAUUUGGUGUUAAAAUAGUUGGUUUCGUGUGUAUAGAAAACAACUGCAAAACACUGGAGAACAUAUAAACUUCAGUAAUCAAAUAUAGCCCACUCUGUAAGCUUAAUUCAACCAGUCUGAAGCGGACAUAAAAAACAUAAUACUUUAAUAGAGACAAUCUUUUUGGUGUCUUUUUGUCGAAGUCAUUUUGUAAGUGGAACUCUCAUUUUUGCAUGCUGUCAUCUUGGCAACAAACUGAAGAAAGAAAAGUAGUUUAAAAUUUCCGGGGCUUACUUCGGCCUGUGAUUGGCCCAUGCGAGGCUAACCUACAUGCAAAUGAAGCAACGCCACAAAGCUGCCUUGAGAUCGAUACGGGUCUGGGCUGAGGUAGAGGGUACAUACAAGCUGAAAUGAGUAACAAAGACGAGGGCAGUAGCAAGUGUUCAUCAGUCCCUAUCUCCAAUUUUACGAUCCAGUCAAUUCUCGGCGGUACUACUGAAGGUGGUCGAUCAGGGAGCAGAGAGAUUUCCAGGGGAGAGGUGCAAAGGAAGAGGACUCUGUCGGUGUCCUCCGAAGAAGAAUGCAGCACGGGAGAGGAAACGUGCUUCAAAGAGCGCGGCUAUGUAUGUUCGGAACCUGGACACAGCGACACAUGCAGCUCCCCACAGCAGCAGCCCAUAAACUUCGCUUGUAUCGGUGCCACCAAAGGAUUAACAGUUCGACAAGACGGACUGGAAAGAAAGCACAUUCCGCCACAGCUGAUACAGGAUUAUAAAGAGGAGAAGGACAGAUCUUGUAGUCAAAUAUCGCCGAUUUUAGAGGACAGACCAAGAGAUGCAAACGACAAACAAAGCAGUUCUGCCAAGAAGAAAACACGCACUGUUUUCUCCCGGAGUCAGGUGUAUCAACUCGAGUCCACAUUUGACAUGAAGCGCUAUCUUAGCAGCUCAGAGAGGGCCUGCUUGGCCUCAAGUCUACAGUUAACAGAGACUCAAGUCAAAACGUGGUUUCAGAAUCGCAGAAACAAAUGGAAGAGACAGCUCUCUGCUGAACUAGAAGCAGCUAACAUGGCUCACGCUUCGGCUCAGACUUUAGUGGGGAUGCCACUCGUUUUCAGAGACAAUUCAUUAUUGAGAGUUCCAGUUCCCAGGUCUAUUGCGUUUCCUACCCCACUGUAUUAUCCGGGCAGUAAUCUCCCAGCACUGCCUCUAUACAAUCUCUACAAUAAAAUUGACUACUGACUUAAAGUAAAAAAAGAAACGAAAACAUAAAAUGUAUAUUUAUAUAUACCUGACAGCAUUGUGUGUAGAUUUUAUCUUUCUUAUAAUACAACUGUAAAUGUAAAACAAUAAAGCUACUUGCUUCUUUAGACAGUAUAUGAAAUAAUACACCAUGUGUAUAUUAACUAUUUGUAGCAUAUUAUUUAAAUGGUAAUUCCACGAAAGUUUUGUCAUAUCAGCUCAAAGCUAUUUUCUAUGAUAAUAUGAAAAAGAAAAAAAGUAGAAAUUCCUCUGUUUGUAAAUUGUUUUACUUUGUUACAAUCAAUUCUGAACCUGUUUUUAGAAAAUUCUUUUUGGCAGGUACUGUACUUUAUUUUCCAUCAUAAUCAUAUCCACUGGCCUAGAUUAUGGCAAGACCUCUCAGUUUCUAUAAGAUUGUAUUUAUAUUGUUUUCAAAUAUAUCCCGUCAAUUAAAAGAGAAGGAAAGGAAA